UCUACUGUUUCUUGCUUUGCUUCUUCUUGCAUUGGGUUUUUGUAAGAAUUUCUGUUUUGGGCUUUUUUGGGGGGUUUCUGUUUGGUGUCUGGGAAAGUGUCGGGUGAGAGAAGUAAGUGGGCAGCGGGAACUUUAUGUUGAAAAGCGGAAUAGUCGGUUCGAUUGUGUUGUUGGUUAUUUGGCUGAGUAAAGUUCGGUUUUUCUAUUUCUGGGAAGUAAACAGUAGAAAAUGUGAGAUUUGAGCUUUCAUUUCCUUCCUUUUCUUGGCAACCAAACGGAGGGCUGCUUCAAGAUAGGUGUUGUUUGAAUGUCCAAUACCCCAUUAUGUUUUUUUUUUCUUUCACCGGGCAUUUGAAAAUACAUCUUGAUAAUGUACUAUGAAGGCGUCCCAUAGCCGCCAAAUUAGAACUAAGCCCCAAUUCUGAUAUGUUUCUUGAGAGUUCCUGGGGAAAACUAUACUAUAUCUGUUUGAAGGGGGCGAAAGACUUGCCUAUUUAAAAUGUUAUCCGACUUCAAUUGUGGGUUUUAGGUUAGAAUGCUGCACUUAUGAGAUGUGAUAUUAACUCUUUGAUCGUGAAGCUGUGUUUUUCUUGGUUGUUUACUUCUAAGAGAUCAUUGAAAUAAUUGAGCAUUUUCUUUCUGUAUUGAUUAUGAAAGAUUUGUUUCGUGGGUAUAUGUCUUCAUCUAAUUGCCUACCUCAAGUUUGGGAUUUGGACUUGCUGAGGCUGACAAAACCUGCAUAGCUGUAGGACAGUGCCGUGGAGGAUAACGAUUGAGUGGGAAAUAGGAAAACAAAAUAUGAUUCUUGUUAUGGUCCUAACUGUCUAAGUGCAUUGAUUUUUGGAAGUGGUAGUGUUCUGGAAUUAGGUCUCCUGCGAUUUUGUAGGGUAUAUUGAUUGUUCGGAUCUCUUGUCAGACAUCUUGUACCCCAUGCCCAUGUCUGCAGGGAAGUAAGCGAAGCUUGGUUAAGCUGAGGAUGCUUACUUUAUGGUCAUAGACUAAAACUUUUUGGAGGACAUCAGGUGGGAGGAGUGAGCACAAGCUAUGGAUCAGUAUGAGAUACUAGAGCAGAUUGGGAAAGGUUCCUUCGGUUCUGCUCUUCUUGUGAGACAUAAACAUGAAAAAAAGAAGUAUGUCCUGAAGAAAAUCCGCCUUGCUCGCCAGACUGAUAGGACCCGAAGAUCUGCCCAUCUGGAGAUGGAGCUGAUUUCUAAAGUACGAAAUCCAUUUAUCGUUGAGUACAAAGAUUCUUGGGUAGAGAAGGGUUGCUAUGUAUGCAUUGUUAUAGGGUACUGUGAGGGAGGAGACAUGGCAGAAGCUAUAAAAAGAGCCAAUGGUGUUCAUUUUCCUGAAGAGAAACUUUGCAAGUGGCUAGUUCAACUCCUGACGGCACUUGAAUAUUUGCAUGCAAACCAUAUUCUUCAUCGUGAUGUCAAGUGUUCGAAUAUAUUUUUGACAAAGGACCAAGACAUACGUCUAGGUGAUUUUGGUCUUGCUAAGAUGUUGACUUCUGAUGAUCUUGCUUCCUCUGUUGUGGGGACUCCCAGUUAUAUGUGCCCUGAGCUUCUUGCUGAUAUACCAUAUGGUUCCAAGUCAGAUAUCUGGUCUCUAGGGUGCUGUAUAUAUGAAAUGACUGCUCACAGGCCUGCAUUUAAAGCCUUUGAUAUGCAAGCUCUGAUAAACAAAAUAAACAAGUCUAUAGUGGCUCCACUUCCAACCAUGUAUUCUGGUGCAUUUCGGGGACUUGUAAAAAGCAUGCUGCGGAAAAAUCCUGAACUUAGACCAAGUGCUGCAGAGUUGCUCACUCACUCACACCUUCAACCUUACAUCCUUAAGAUCCAUCUGAAAUCCAAUAGCCCUAGACGAAACACUUUUCCUUUCCAAUGGUCUGAUUCCAACUACAUCAAGAAAACUAGAUUCCUGGAGCCAGAAGCUGUUCCUAUGUUCUCUGACAGAGAGAAGCGGAGAUCAUUCAGCAAUGACAGGACCUUGAAUCCUAGUAUAUCUGGAACUGAGCAAGACUCUCCUUGUUCUAGUCAAAAGAUGCAGGAAUUCUCCAGUCAUUUAAAUCGGAAGUUUGCUGAAUUAUCUGUUGGCAGCACUCAUGAAGACAUUGGUAUUGAUAAAUCAGUGGUCACAAAGUUCUCAAGUGCUACCAAAACCCCUAGGUCAACACCAUCAAAAACUUCUUCUACUCCUAGGAGACAGACAGCAACAUCAAAGAUAUCACGGAUUGGCUCAAAUCAUGAUUCAUUUCCAGUGUCACAUACUCCAGUGAGCAAGUCUUCCUGGUCAACUCGAAGAGCAUCACUUCCAUUUCCAACAAGAGCUGCUACCUUAGAAACCCCUUACAGACCCAAUGUUCGCCUCCUCCGCAGCGUGGAGUCUCCAGAUAUCUCUGUUAAUGCCCCAAGAAUUGAUAGGAUUGCAGAAUUUCCUCUAGCCUCUUGUGAUGAGCCUCUUUUCCCUAUCCGUAAAACUUCAUCAACAUCUGCUCAAUGCUCUUCUAACUCACCAGAUAGCGGUGACUGUUCAAUCACAAAGGACAAGUGUACAGUACAGAUUUUGGACAAAGCCUUUGUCAGGCAGAAUUUCACUGAUGCAGACCAUGGAGUUCCUCGAAAUGGAAGUGAAUGCUCAGAGCACAACCCAACUACUGGUGUUUCUAGCCGCUCAUCUUCAGAUUCACGACAGCGCAGGUUUGACACCUCAUCAUACCAGCAGCGCGCUGAGGCAUUAGAGGGGUUGCUCGAGUUCAGUGCAAGGCUCUUGCAACAAGAAAGGUUCGAUGAACUUGGGGUGCUGCUGAAGCCAUUCGGACCAGAGAAAGUUUCUCCCAGGGAAACUGCUAUAUGGUUGACGAAGAGCUUCAAGGAGACUGCAGCCUAGCAGAGAUACUAAUACCGAUCUAAUUAUGUUCCCACUUGUACAAUGCCUCUACCCAUUGACAUAUCCAACUUCAAAGAUAGGAUCUCACUAUCUGUUAACUGUGUCUUCUCAAUUGAAGGCUGCUUAGAGACUUGUAAUAUGGAUUGUAAUAUCACCUUAUUGACAACUCUGUUUGAACCCGAAAGUGUUGGGAAAAAUGAGGAAAAUGGAAGUUUUUGGAGUCACA